CUAAAACACACUUCAUUGUUCGCAUCUUCAAGAAACUCAUCAUCAUCUCUGAGAUAUCAAGUUGAAACCAACAAGCGACGAUGCCGAGCAGAUACCCAGGAGCCGUGACGCAAGACUGGGAGCCAGUGGUGCUCCACAAAACCAAGCCAAAGAGCCAAGACCUCCGUGAUCCCAAGGCGGUUAACGCGGCUCUCAGAAGCGGCUUAGCUGUUCAGACGGUAAAGAAAUUCGACGCCGGUUCGAACAAGAAGGGGAAAUCGACGGCGGUGCCGGUGAUCAACACGAAGAAGCUGGAGGAAGAGACGGAACCGUCGGCGAUGGAUAGGGUGAAAGCGGAGGUGAGGCUAGCGAUACAGAAAGCUCGGUUGGAGAAGAAGAUGUCACAAGCGGAUCUAGCGAAACAGAUCAACGAGCGGACACAGGUGGUUCAAGAAUACGAAAACGGGAAAGCUGUUCCUAACCAAGCCGUGCUUGCCAAGAUGGAAAAGGUUCUAGGUGUUAAACUCAGGGGUAAACAUGUUAAAUAAUUCAAAAACGAUGCCGUAUCUGGUUUCUUUUAUUUCUUGGAUGCACAUCUAAUUUCGUUUUCUCUCAUCUUGUGAAAAUAAAUAAAAACGCUUUUUCGUACUUAAACGACAUCGCAAACGAUAGUUAAAUUUAAAAAGAAAUGGGUUUGUUCUGUUUGAUUUACUUGAAUUUCUUCAUACAUGAGUCAUACAUGUUCAAAUAUUUCUUCUUUGUAUGUGACAAAAUGAAAAAGCCCACGCUAUUUAAAACAAAGUGUUUUUAGCGACUGGGGAGGUCACUUGGUCUUAUAGAACUAUGGGUUUAUGAUUCAGAACUUAUUGGUUAUCAGAUGGAUUUAAAACGAAUCAAGAAAUGUGUAAAGUUACUGACUUCCGGGAGUAUAGUCGGUCAGAUGUAGUAGCAUACUUUGUUUCUAAGAGGAAGUCCAAACUAGACACAAUUAGUACUUGUAACAUGAUUGGAUUUUCUUAGUUAC